AGGGGGGCCUGCGGCGAGGCUCAGCCGUGAGGCGGCGCCGCAUGGUGCCCCGGGCGGGGCGGCGCUGACGCCAUCGCGGUGCGCGGCGGCGGCGGGGUUGGUGUCGGUGUCUGUCUGUCGGUUGGUCCCGGUCCCAGUCCAUGGCCACAGCGGAGCCGGUGGCGGCGCGGAAGCGGCGACCCAAGGGCCACUUCGCGGCGGCGAGGGCCAAGCGGCCCCGCGGCGGCGGGCGACAGCUGGAGGCCGGCAUGCGCGGCAUCCUCAUCACCUGCAACAUGAACGAGCGCAAGUGCGUGGGGGAGGCCUACAGCCUGCUCGGCGAGUACGGGGACCUGCUCUACGGGCCCGAGCAGUUUUCAGAUCCCGAGGAGCGGCUCUCUGGAAGCGAGAGGGAAGAGGAUGAAGAUGACGUUGAGGCUGCCCUGAAGAAGGAGGUCGAUCAGAUCCGCACCUCGACGGAGCAGAAGCUGCGGCGGUUCCAGUCGGUGGAGAGCGGCGCCAACAACGUGGUCUUCAUAAGGACCCGGGGCAUAGAACCUGAAAACCUGGUGCACCAUAUAUUAAAGGACAUGCAUGCUACUAAAAAGAAGAAAACAAGAGUCAUUCUGCGCAUGCUGCCCAUUUCUGGAACUUGCAAGGCUUUUAUGGAAGACAUGAAAAAAUACACGGAAAUUUUUGAGCCCUGGUUUAAAGCCCCUAAUAAGGGUACUUUCCAGAUUGUUUACAAAGCUCGUAAUAACAGUCAUAUGAGGGAAGAAGUAAUUAAGGAAUUGGCAGGAAUUGUGGGCAGCCUCAAUCCAGAAACAAAGUUGAUCUUAAUACCCCAAUAUACAAUUGUGGUGGAAAUAAUAAAGAACGUCUGUUGCUUGAGUGUGGUGAGAGACUAUGUUCUAUUCAGAAAAUACAAUCUACAAGUAGUAAAGAGCAACAAAGAAGAUGCACAACAAAACCCAUCAACUGUGACAGAAGAACUGAACUUGACGGUAGUAAAACCAGAAACCAAGGAGGAAAAGAGCGCAGAAGAAGUAAAACAAGAGAAUAAGAGUGAAGGUGAAAUACAAGCUGAGUCCAAGGGGAAUGAUACGCUGACAGUGUAGAAAAUGUGGUAGAAAGAUCAACACGAUGGAAACCUGUUAAAAACGUUGCCCUAGAGUUCUGUAAGCAUGUUUUAAGGAGGAGAGUGGGUUUUUGUUUGAAAUCUAGUUUUUAAAAUCCACACGUGUAAGAAUUUUAAUGUUCACUGCAGGUGGAGCUGACUUUAUACUGCAGAUGUAAGAGUGCUUCACCAAUGGUGAGGUUUGCUGUCAUUCUUCUAUAGCUUGGUUCUGCAUUGCUUUUUGUUAGCACAGAAGGCAGGUGUAUUUGCAUGCAUACAUAAAUGCCACCAACCCAACACAUAUUGACUCUGUUUGUGUUAUAUCUGAUGACUACAGAAAUCAAAGGCAAUGCAGAAUCAACUCUGUCAGGAAGUAUUGACAGAAGUGAGAGAUCUGAAGAAGACGGUUGCUUGCAGAGAGUUUCUAGGGAAGUGAUUUGACAACUUGUGUGACUGCAGACUCAGAUAUAUUUUUCUAUGUGAACAGCAGAAUGAGCUAAAACUCCUGAUCCUUUCCUGUAUGAGAGAAGGUUGUAUAUACACAUCCCUCUACAAGGACGUGCUAAGUCUUGAAAGUGUAUUGGAAGGGCCGCUACGAUCAAAAUACUUGAAUACUAUGAGAGAAUUUAGAAUAAUAGAUUUGACUGUUCUACAACAGUAGAAGUACGGUGCAGCCAUUGCAGAUGGUUUGAGCAAAAGCUACAUGUGUGUUUACAUUAGCUGUGUAUACAGCAGUUAUUGGCUUAUAACAAUGCUGUAUGUGGUCACUGAACAGCAUCCUUUCCACGAUUUUCUUGCAAACAGACUUUUGCUGCUCUUUCCAAAGACAUAAUCCUUGGGGGGGGGGGGGGGGGGGGGGGGGGGGGGGGGGGGGGGGGGUGUGGGGGGGGGAGGUGGUGUUGGCAGGGCUUAUAAAGUCUUUGUUCUUAUUUGUUUCCCUAAGUUUCAAAAUUUGGAUUUAAAAACUGCUUGGAAAUUUCUAAUGAAAGCAGCUCUCCAUGAUACCACAUUGGAUAAGGGGAAAUAAAUUUAAUUUUUGAUACAGUUUUAGCUUUACAAUGUUAAUUUGUUUCAUAUUGAAAGUAAUGUCAGUUUUCUGUUGUCAGUUUGUUACAGCAGUUUUUUUGAUAUCACAGUGACUGUGGGGGAAAAAAACAGCAACCAAAAACCACAGCUAUAACCUGCUUUACAUUAGCAUUUGGAGUAUGCUUCCAGUACAACUGUCUAGCUUUAGUAUUUCAUUUCUAGUAUAAAAGUCUGCGGGUUGCUAAUGGGAAAAGCGUGUCUUGCUACUUGUCUUGGUUUAAUGAAAAGGAUUUGUUCAAAUCAAAACAGUGUUUAAUUUGUAUUUUCCACUUCUGUCAAAACUGUUUAGAAGCUGGAAAAUUAAGAGGACUUUUCCCUAGUCCUGUAUCCCUUACCACCCAUUUAUUAAAAAUAUGCUUUCUUACCUGCA